AUGGCUCUUCCAGAACCCAACGGCGACGGCGACGGUGUUGAUGUUGGCGUUGAUGUUGGUGUUGAGGUCGAUGUUCGCGACACAGGCGAUGUGCCUGACGUGGCAGACGCCUUCCUCAAUCAGUCGUACCUCACAUACAUCAUCCCCUCCACAACCAAAUUCGAUCCCGAGGAAGCGCUCCAGCAAGACGGCGGUUCAAUAGAGAGCAACAUCUCCAGCAUCGAGCAACGCGACCAGCUGUUCUUUGAUGAGACCGUCGACGUGUACUUUAUUCUUCGUGCGCCCUACUCUGACGAUCAGACUCUCCGCUCGCACCUGCGCCGCCUCGUCAUUAACCUCGACACCCACAUCGUAAACGGCGCCAUCACUGACCGAGACGGGGCCGCCCCCGCGUCCGAAACGAUCUACACUGGUGCCGUCGAGGAUGUGGAGCAGGUUGUUGUGGUUGCGGAAGAGCCGCAAGGAGAGGAGGGCCAAAGACGUGCUUAUGCUGUCUGGAAGUGCCCGGUGUUCUUAAGCCGCCCCAGGAUGCGGCUACAGCUGCCGUCGGUUGUGUUUACGGGGACUGCGAAUCUUAAGAUGGACACCGCGGAUUCUGGUCAACUUGGCGCCCUAGGUGAGGGAUACAUGCAGAGCUGUAUGCCGUCGGGAAUGAACGUGCUCGAGUCGUUUGCGAACGAUCCGUUUCUGGGUGGCACCGCACCUCGACUAUCUGCCCAGAGGGUGUCCAGAGUAGCACCCCUUACCAAACCAAAAGACGCCCUUCACCGUAUAAGCGGACUACAAAACCUCAAACUGAGGAUCUAUCCGGUUCUCCACACCCGGGUUCGCUUCUCGCGGCCCAACACCACGCCGCCAAGCGCCUCACUAAUCGCUCUUCUCGAAGUUGACUUCACCCCCUAUUUUGACUGCGAGGUUGCCCUGGACAAACUCACCCUCGGCGUCACAGACGGCACUGUUGAAGACCUCAACAACCAAGAGGGGAUGGCUCUCCCCCUUAGCUGCGUCGCCUACGACCACCUCACCUUCCUCUACAAACUGGCCCCCCAGCAACGCGAUAUUGUCAGUAAGAACCUCGCCCGCGAGCUCAUCAUCACCAUUGAAGUCGUCGUCCUCGUCCGCCCAGACAAUGAACCAGACCCCUGCACGCCCCGCCUAGUCAUGACCUGGUCCACCGCCCUCGAUUUCACGCCUCCCGUCAACCCAGGCUUCGGCCAGCCUAAACCCACCGCCAUCCAGCGCGCCCAUCGACCUAGUCAGCUCUCCAUAAGCGGCGGUGUCGACUCCCAGCCGCUCGUCUCCCCCUCCGUCAUCCGACCCGACGCCCUACCCUCCCUAGAAGCAGCCACCGCCCGGCCGCUCGAGACCGCCCUCCCCGACUUCGGCAUCACCAUGACCUUCACAGGCCCAACCCAACCCGUACGUCUCGGCGAGGAGUUCGUGUGGACCGUCUUCGUCGUCAACCGCAGCAAGCCCGACAUGCCACCGCCGCCAUCAGCGCCCCCCUCGGCCCUGGCGCGUCACGCCGCCGCCGCCGCCGCGCGCAAGCUCAUGCUCGUGCCCGUCCCGCGCCGCCGCCCGUCGUCGACGCCGCCGAGCUCGUGUGCCUGUCGGCCGACGUGCGGGUCGGUCCGCUGGCCCCCAACGCGUGCGCCGUCGCCGAGCUGCGCUUCCUGGCCCUCCGGGAGGGCGUCGUGGGGCUGGAUGCCGUGA